CAAACAGCGGCAGCCAGAGAGGGAUCAGAGAGCAGCGGGAGCAACUUUCAAGUGUUUGCCUUCAAUUUUCCAACACAACAGACGACUGUGUUUCAGCAGCUGACUGAACAAGCAGAUCCAGCAAGAAAGGGAGAACAUCCCUCCCUGUUUCACUCCAGAGGUCUUGCUUUCACUUCCUCAGUGUGGACGGACUUCAAGGAAACCACAAGCCUGCAUCAUGGCUGCUGCUGCUGCUGUUUCUGCUCCAUCCACCAAAGGCAGCCUGAGAGAGGACCUGACGUGUGCCAUAUGCUGCGACCUGUUCAGGGAGCCCGUCAUGUUGGCCUGCAUGCAUCAUUUCUGCAGACCUUGCAUCUCCAGGUACUGGAGAGGAACGCAGGGGCCUGUAACCUGCCCGCAGUGCCGCAAGGAGUUCAGCUCCAAGCAGUUUCAGACUAACUACCUCGUGGCAGCCAUGGUGGAGAAGGUCCGGGCCACCACCUCGGACACUUACAUCAAGAGCCUAGAGAAACAACUGAAAGAGACGUUGGAGAGCCAUCUUCUGAGGAAAGAGGACUUCAACAACAGCAUUCGCAGAGACAAAGAAAAAAUGAAUAUCAUAAAGAGAGUCGGGGCAGAUCUGCAGGCUCGUGUCAAAGGGGAUUUCAGAGCCCUCCAUCAGAUCCUGCAUGAUGAGGAAACCUGCAUGCUGGAGCAGCUGAGGAGAGAGCAGGAGGAGGAGCUGGAGAAGGUCCAGCGCCACCUAGAGGCCGUGGAGGUGGCCCAAAGGGAGCUGGAGGACAAUUUGAAGGCGCUGCAGCAGGCCAGCGCCGCCACCGAGGACAUUGUGCUGACCGAGCUCCCACAGCUGAGACCAUGCGUGCAGGUGGAUAUCGCUCCAGAGUUUGACAUAAAUGCCUUCAGCAACAAAUACAUGGCCCCGUUACAGUACAUCGCAUGGAGGAGGAUGUUCAAAUCUUUGAAGCCAGGUCCUUCCCCAUUAACAUUUGAUGUCGACACGGCGCACCCGAGCAUCCACGUCUCCAGGGACAAAAGCUUGGCGGUCGAAUGCGACGUCAUGAACCACCAUCUGAACCACGGCAAGCGCUUCACUCAGUGCGUCAACAUUCUGGCCUCGCAGAGCUUCCAGUCGGGUCGGCACUACUGGGAGGUGGACGUGGGCUACAACCCCAAGUGGGACCUGGGCGUCGCCUCCGAGGCAGUGGACCGGCACGCCCGGAUCAAGCUGAGCCCCGAAACCGGCUACUGGACUCUGCGGCUGCGCAACGGGAACGAUUACUCCGCCGGGACGCAACCGUGGACGAGGCUGCAGCUCGGAUCGUCCCCGCAGAGGAUCGGCGUUUUCUUAGACUGCGACGAGAGGAAGGUGUCCUUCUACAACGCAGACGACAUGAGUCUGCUGUACUCCUUCGCCAGCGGGCCGAGGGGGAAGGCGUUCCCCUUCUUCAGCCCCUGCAUUAGUGACAGCAGCCACAAACCGCAGCCUUUAAAACUCCUCCACUAUCCUCCUGUCGCACUUUCUGGCUAAAAUGGCUGCAAUCAGUGCUUUCCAUUCAUAUAUUGACCAAAGAUUGUUGCCAUGUAAAAGGCUGCACUUCCAUUGUGUGCCAUAUCAUAAAAGUUUAAAUCACGAGUCUCUUCUCAUAUCUUCUGUAUAUCUACAACUAGAUGCUUUUCUAUUUUCUAUCUGGAAUUAAUCUUACAAGCCUUGAAAUGAGCCCAUUCAGUUCUUCCAAUCAUUCUACAGAGGCUCAUUCAGCGUGCAGGACCAAUCAGCCGAAAUACAUUACAACACCAUUUUCCAUUUUAUGAUUUUUGAGUGCAUCAACAAAUAUCUGUAAUAGAUGGAGAUAGUCGACAUCUCAAGUGACUAAAUGAAUAAUUAUCUCUCAUCUAGUGAGACUGUCCUGCAGCUCACUUGUAAGUUGAAGGUUUUUUUUUUUAAUCAGCAAUAAAGAAAUUGCACACUUCACUGUGAGAUUUGACACUUGAUUAAAUGGUUCUUUAUGUUUUAUACACGACUCUCAAAAGUUUCACCUGUUUCUUUGUGAUUUCUGAUUAUGGAUCUAUCAGACGUAACUUUUUGAUUUUGUCUCUGUUUUUCUUUUGAUCAGUUAAAUGUGCCUGAUUUUUUUUGUUUCAGUAGCCUUCGAUCUAUGCAGUACAUUUCACAUUGUUGUCGUUGCAUGAUGUAGAUUUAGUCACAUAAUUUUUAAAUCACUUCCUGAUAUAAAAAAAACCCUGUAAAACCUGCUGAUGCAAACAAUAAACUGUAUCAGAUUUUCAUUCUUAAA